AUGAGCCUCUCCCGAUCUCUCCUCCGCUCCGCCCGACCAAUCGCCUCUUCCUCCCGCCAAGCCCUCCGCUCCUUCUCCUCAUCCCGCCCCUCUUACGCCGAGCCUGAUGCCGAAGCCGCCGCCCCCGUAUCCCCCAAGAUCGCCCCCAUCGUCGAGACCAUCUCUACAUUGAGUCUUUUGGAGGUUUCCGAGCUCGUUUCUGCGCUCAAGACAAGAUUGAACAUCACCGAGAUCGCCAUGCCCGCCGCUUCCGCCCCCGCCGCGCCCUCAGCAGCUGCCGAAGCCCCCGUCGAGGAGAAGCCCAAGGAGAAGACGAUCUUCACCGUCAAGCUCGAAAAGUUUGAUGCGGCUGCAAAGGCAAAGAUCAUCAGGGAGGUCAAGGCUAUGAUGCCGAAUAUGAACUUGGUUGAGGUGAGUGUUUUCAUGUUGUUUGGUUGUUUGGUUGAGGGGCUGGGAGGGUUUUGUGAGGGGAGGGAGAAGUACGUCGAUGAGGUGGGCGAGAUGUGGGGAGUGGAGGGGGGCUACGAUCGAUGGACGAAAAAACCAUGCAGACAGGGCGAUGUGGCGUGCGGGGGGUGA